AUUCCUGGAUGGCAGUGUAGAGUUAAUCCCACUUCCAAGCCGGAUCUCUAAAAAGGGUCCUGACUGGCAAGAGGGACGACAACACCGGAAUGAGGAAACUGACGAGGGCCAACCAUGUGCAAAACAAAGUUGUUCAUCGCUGAUAACCGCGCAACAUGAAGACCUGCAGGUCACUCCAGUCAAGUCUCUCGGAGCUGAUGCGCUCGUCUGUCUCUUCCCCGACCUCCAACACCAAAGGACAGCAGCCUUCCACCACCUCCCUGGACUCUGUCUGCUUCUAUCCGGCGAUGUCUCUGCUCCUCAUCACCGUGCUGUCCUCACUCCUGGUGCAGGAUGCCAAGGCUUGGGGCACCGAAGUCAAGUACGCUGUGAACUGCCCGGACAAAUGCAGCGUGGAGCUGUGCGGCGGGGCGCAGAGGUGCGCACGGUCAGUCCUGGAUGACUGCGGCUGUUGCCAGGUCUGCGCAGCCGGCAGAGGAGAGCACUGUUACCGCACAGUGUCGGGGAUGCACGGAGUCAAGUGUGGUCCGGGAUUAUACUGCGAGUUCUACAAGGACGAAGACGAUUACGGAGACGAAUAUGGCAUUUGUAAAGAAUGUCCUUACGGAACCUUUGGGCUCGAGUGCCGCCAGAACUGCAGCUGCAAAGGAGGCAUUUGUGACAGAGAGACAGGAGCUUGUCUGACUUUCAAAUUCUUUGCAAAAAGUGCUGGGAAACUCAAGACUGAGCCACAAGCAGGAGGAGAGGUGGGCUCCGGGGAGGUCAACUCUGCCCAGAACAGAGAUCAACAGACGGACAGAUCGACUGCCCAGAAAAGGCUCAUCCCCCGCUGACAACUGCUGACAAAAUCUCUCUGUUCAGUGUGAAUGUAGCAUUAAAUUAAAAAAAAGAAGAUGGAUGUAUUUUAUUAUGUUCGAUGACGGAUGUUUCACAGACUUGGAGAGUUCUAUUCCGUCUGCUUGGUCUUUGUUUGACAUAUCACGUUAUCUAAUGAAAGACGGGCAUUUGAGUUUGAAUUGAAAAUGAUCUGUUUGUCUUCCAUUGCUGUAUUUAUCUAUAUUUAGUGUGCCUUUAUACUUUACAGACGAAGAAGUCUGAGGUUGUACUCUAAGAAGCUGACAAACACCGUAUAUGUUGUAUAAGACACCAGCAAAUGUAAAAAAGAUCUAACAAUUAAACCAAAGUUAUAAAUGA